CAGUUUGGUCUUUCGCUGAAAGUUUGUAGAUCCAGUUGAUGAUAAUUGUUGAUUCUAACAAAGUUCUACACGUUUAAUUCGCAUUUAACUUUCUGAACAACUGUCAUUUAUUCCCAUUUUCGUUCAUUUUACGAGUUUGCAAGCCCUGAUGUUUUGAAGCUGCAAAUGGCCAGCGCUGUCCAUUCCCUCGUCGAUGUCAAAAUUCAUUGAAGACUUACACAAUCGCAGGAGGCCAACACUCACGCAAAGCGCCGUUGCUUCCAUGCUUGUGUUGUUCAGUGGCACACAUGCCCAUUUUCAGCCUACUAUUGGUAUUGGUUCGCCCAACACCAGCACAGGCGAUUUUAAUUCAUUAUUUCAGUCGGAUUUCGUUCAGAAAGAACACGGCCUGCUUUACUUGGUGGAGUCGCUUCAUACGCUUCGGUGGUGUGGUCCAGUUCUGAUGUCGCUCCUCUCGGCCGUCGUUAUCUGUACCGUACGCAGUAGUCCGUGUUUCGUGCCUCCACUGAAUACACUGAAUUGCUACUCCUAGUGCAAUCUGUCCAGUUAUCACACAAGCGUCGUGCAUAAUAAAUAGAUAGCGUUUUGCUUGGCAAAAUAAAACAAUAACAAAUUAAUUUGUGGUGCGAUGAGUAACGUCUAGGUGUGUCGAAAAAGAAAAGUCUUCGAAGACGCCGCGAUCCAAGUGACCGACCGUAGAGGAAGUUUUUUGAGAUAGUUGUCAUGAAGAAGUGAAUCCGUUGGUGACCGUGAAAGCAUCUGAUUUACAGCAUCGCAGUAGGCGGUGCAGUGUGUUGAUUACCAUAGUGAUUGUUGUUCUUUUUUUCGAGUGUUGUUCAUGCAGUAGGCUUAGUGUCCGAGAUGCCUGACCACGAUAUCGAGAUAAUAACAAGCGAGCAGUUGCACAGCGAGCUGCGAAAAUCGCACAAAAAUUUUAUCAUCCUCGACUGUCGCAGCUCCAACGAGUUUACCGAAAGCCACAUCCGUACGGCGGUAAACUUCAGCAUUCCGAGCAUCAUGCUGCGACGGUUUGCCGCUGGCAAGAUCGACAUCACCUCAACGAUCAAGUGUCGCGAUUUGAAAGAAAGGAUACUGUCCUGCUACAAGGAGAGCACCUUCGUGUUGUACAACAAUAGCAACGACGGAGUGAUCAACGAUCCUGGCUACAAUAAUCAGACGACAAAUGACACUACAAUCAACGUGUUGCACAGAAAACUAAAGCAAGAUGGCUGCCGAGUGGUGUGUCUUGAAGGCGGCUAUGCGAACUUUCGGCAAUCGUUUCCGGAGUGGUGCGAGGAUGAAGUCAUCAACGCUAACCUGCAGUCGGGAUGUGCCGCUACCGAACAACUGAUGGGAUUGAGAUCGCUUCGUAUAUCGAUUCCAUUUUCGGACUCGGCCUGCAGCAGCAGCACCGAGUCGUCCGACUGCGAAAGUACAACGAACUAUCUCGCCGAGCCGGCCAACGUCGAGCCGGUCGAGAUCAUGACCGGCCUCUUCCUCGGCAACGCUUCCCACAGCGAGGAUCUCAAAUCACUAAAAAAGUACAAUAUUAAGUAUAUACUGAAUGUUACACCCGACUUGCCAAACGUAUUCGAACGCGAUGGACACAUAAAGUAUCUUCAAAUUCCAAUCACUGAUCACUGGUCCCAGGACCUGGCCGGGCAUUUUCCCAAUGCAAUAAAAUUCAUCGACGAAGCCCGUUCCAAGGGCGUCGGAGUGCUAGUUCACUGCCUAGCGGGCGUCUCCCGGUCGGUGACGGUGACGCUAGCCUACAUCAUGUUUGCCCGGGCGCUCAGCCUCAACGAUGCGUUCUCGUUAGUGCGGGCCCGCAAGCCGGACGUUUCCCCCAACUUCCACUUCAUGGAGCAGCUGCACAGCUUCGAGCGCCAGCUGAACCUCGACGCCACUCACCGAGCGAAACUGCUUCCAGGUGCUUGCUCAUCCGCCUCGACGCCUUCCUCAUCGUCCGUUAGCGGUGGUGCGUUUCCAUCGUCCAGCGGACUGGGCGGUCUACAACGCAAUCUAUCCAGCGAUCAACCGCCGGGGUCGCAGGAUCGCAGUGGGCCACGAACCCACAUGGGAAAGUACAGUUGCACCUGCUUUGAAGUCGAAUGCAAAUGCACCCAGGCAGCCAUCGAACUGCUGGGGCCGUUCAGUAGCGGCAUCUCUCCCGAUUCCGGCAUUGAGUUCGACAGGUGGACACCCAGCAGCAAUACGCCUAAAUGAGGUUUUGCCGUAGAGAAGACGUUCGCUCUUCCAGACCCGAUCCCGCCACAACUGCCAACCGAAUCAUCGUCUUCGCAGCCUUCUUCGAUGGAAUCGCCGGAGGCUACCGAGCAGUGAAUCGCAGCAACCGGAAUCUGGGAGAGUUAAUGCUUUCUCUACACAGCAUCAGCCAUAUUGGAGAACAGAAAAGAAAUCAGGUUUGACUACCCCCUUUACACACGUACAGUUUUUGCCACAAAACAAAGAUUUUAAUGUAAAACAAUUGAUGUUAGUUCCUUCAAAGGAAUCCAAUUAGGAGCAAAAAACUGUACCCAUUGUUUUUUGAAUGUAUAACCGGAAGGAAGGUAAUUCCUUCCGCAAGUUGCAAAUCUACUUUAGAACCAGAUCCACGUGGCAAACCGCUUAGAAGCGUUCACAUGCACUGAAAAGUUACGAAACUUGACGGUCAAAUUGUUUUUGGAACGCUCACCGGGACCGCCACGUGGAUUGCGCGUUGUUUUCAUUGAAAAAUAUACUCAAUGAAAUUAUGAGACGUACCGUCACAGUUUUUUGGAUCCAAAUUUUAUCUUGACGCAUUAAAGUCAGGCCAAUCUAAUUAAAAUUUAAUCGAAAUUGAACCAUAAUUUGUAAUAACAAACUGUAACAGUUUUUUCUAUAAAACCCGAAAUGCAAAGUUACAUAAGAAACUUUUAACAAGGUAAACCCCUACAAAACCUACGUUUGAACGUAAGCAAAGCUAGAAAUGGCGACUGUUUUUCGCUGUAUUUGUAUUACAAUUAAACUCAAAACUACUAAGAACGUGAAUUAGAUCGCUUUUCGAAUGCAACUAGCAAAUUCAUUAAAAAUAAAACAAGCAAAUGUCUGCCACACAUUUGCUGAACUGUACAAUUUACUAGAUUUUUAAGUUACUUUGGUGUAAAAUGAUCGGAUAAGAAUCUUUCAAACACGAAUUAUAUUAUAUUUUAAACAAAUUAGUUAUUACUAAAGAACUAAACAUUGAGUUUAUUGGUACGAGAAGAUAAUCGGAAUCCGGUAAGUUUAAUAGGUACUCAUACACGAAAUAUUUUAUUUAUGUUGAUCCUUAUAUUCUUGAUUUAUCAAUUUAAAUAUAUUAAUUCAGCUACUGUCAAACAAAGACAUAUAGGCAGCUGUCGCCAAAAUCAAAACAAGAUAUGAAAACGAACAAAAAUCCAGUUGAUUAGAUGUUUAUUGACUAGCUUGUAUAAUUAACUCAAAAAACAACAAAGCAAACAAAACAGUAACUGUUGGUUUUACACAAGUUGAUGGGAGAACAAAAGUCUAAAAUGAAUUCAAUUCUAAUCACAAUUCAAAGUAAAAUGCAAAGCAAAACAAAAGUCACAAUUUACAAAAACAAAACAAAAAUCGCAGAAAUGAAUCGCAUAAAAGAUAACUGAAAUCACACAAAACAGAAACACUUUCACUCAAAGUCUAAAUGAAACAUGUUCCAGCGUACUAUGUAGAAACAAACAAAAAGAAGAAUAUUGAAACAAACUAAAAGAGGAAACACAAAAAAAAAACAUGCAAGCAGGCCGUUGUUUUUUUUUAUUUCAAAUAAUUUUACAUGAUGCUACAUUAUGGAUAACUAUGAAAGAAGGAAACACUAUAGAAAUAUAUUCAUGAUAUUUAUGUCAAUAGUAGCAGCUGUA